AUGGAUACCUACGAAAGCGUUUUACUAGUAAAACCAGAAGUCUACGUGUUCAAUAUUCCUCCCAGAUAUUCCAAUAGAGGUUAUCGUGCCGCAGAUUGGAAUUCAACUGAGCCCAAUUGGACUAGAAGGAUGAAGCUCAUAUCCAAAGGCAACGAAUUGUCUAUCAAACUCGAAGACGAAAACUCUAGAGAACUCUUUGCCAAGUCUCCAAUCGACGCAUAUCCGGGGCGUGCCAUUGAAUUAGUUACUGAUUCGUCGAGAUAUUUUGUUUGA